CUCUUUCCAGACUGAGGAAUCCCUGGGGACGAGGGGAGUGGAACGGACCCUGGAGUGAGAGAUCCUGGGAGUGGGAUUCCCUCUCAGACAGAGACAAGGACCUGCUCUCUGUUAGGGUCAGAAACGAAGGAGAAUUCUGUAUUCCUGGUGGAGAAACCGACGCUGGAAUUAGUCAAAAGUGUGAUCAUGUUACGAGAUUUCAACAUUAGCGGGAGAGUGGCGCUCGGCGAUGUUCCGGGCCUGCUCCUCAUGCUGCAGUUUUGGAGGACGGCCUUCCUCAAGUUCGACCGCAGCCACGGCGGCAAGACCUCCUCCUACCACCUCCGGCCGGCGCUGUGGGAGGCGGGGGUGACGGUGUCCAACAAAGUUCUCGAGUGCCUGGUCCUCCGCUUCGGCAAAAACAGGGUCCUGACCUGCGAAGCUUUCCUCAUGGCGCUCGUCCGCCUGCACUUGGCGCAUGAACGUUAUCACAGCAUAGACACGAAAAUGAAGGGAAAUCCACUGUCUUUAGAAGAGAUGAUCCUGAUGACGAUAUACUCGUGAUAGAUGACACAGUGGAAGGUCUUACGUCACCAAUCAGGAAAACGUUUUCUGACGCUCUGAGACAACGGUGAAUUAAUGGUGACGUGCUGUACGCCUCUGGCGUUUUAUCAGUCUGCGAUGUACAUCUAUAUUAUGAGUACGGGAUGUACACAUAUGAUAUCUGGUUGUGAUGUACACCCGUAAUAUAAGUCAGCGAUGUACAUUCCUGAGUUUGCGAUAUUAGGCUGUUGAUGUACACCGAUUAUAUCAGUUUGCGACGUACGUCCUUGAUAUCAGUCUGAGAUGUACAGUACACCCAUGGUGUGUGUCUAGGAUCUACACCCAUAUCAUCAGUCUGGGAUGUACACCAGUGGUAUCAGUCUGUGAUGUACACCCAUUUUAUAAUUCUGGGAUGUACACCCAUGAUAUCUAACUGCGGUGUACACCCUUCGAUAGUUUCAGUGCGUUUAAUCGAUACAUUUCUGGUCGCUGUACAUUUACCCAGUCAUAUGUACAUUGCCAGCGGUGUACAUCUUCCCGAACCAAGUGAAAAGAGUUACUUUUACGACUGUACGUCUUUGUUCGACGUCGAGUGCCAAUCGCCGAGUUUAAUGUAUAAAAGCAACUUGUUAGCGAUAAAAUGUGUAAUUCUGAAAACGAUAAAAAUUAAUGACCAUAAAAAAGCUUAAACUCAAGUGAUGAACACUGACAGCAAAUGACGCGAAAGUUAAGUCAUUGGCUAAAGAAAUUAAUAACUUACCCAAAUUGGUAAAUAAGCAACGCGCCUGGCAGUGCAAUUCCUUACUCCUGUACGAUAACCUCAGCCCUACGUAUUGUUUACUAAAGCUGCUAUUUCGAAAUAUUAAAAAAAAAAAGAAAGAAAAAAAAAAAAAAAGUCUAUACUUUUAACCUGUGAAAAAAAUAUGCGGUGUAAACAACAAACAAUAAUCAGUGAACCUUUAUUAAAAGAAAAGGUACAGAAAAGAAAACAAGAAAAGAGUGGCUUUUGCCCUUGACCAAAACACAGAGGAGAAGAAUGUAUAAAAGAUUUUUCCAGUGUACUGCAAGUUCGCACUGUCUAAGUAGAGAAGGCUGUUAACACGAGAGCCACAGAGAGGGGCUCCAGAAACUCAAGCUUAAAGUGAAGUGACGCAACAAAGAUGACACUGAACAUUUUGGUAGAAAAAGUUCUUGUUAUCGUGAGAGUUUUCGAGUUUUAUUUUUUAUCAUUGUUGUUAUUUUUAUUGCUAUUAUUAUUAUUAUUAUUAUUAUUAUUAUUAUUAUUAUUAUUAUUAUUAUUAUUAUUAUUAUUA